AUAGUACAAUUUUUUUUCAGGGUACCAAUUAUGCCCCACCUGGUUUUGGAAGAAGCAUGGGGACAGGUGUGGGGGUUGGGGUUGGUGUGGGCAGUGGUGGAAGCCCACAUGGUGCUGGAUCCCCAAUACCAGGUGCAUCUCAUGGUGCCACUGACCAACGGGAAGCUCGAACUCCACCUGGUGGCCAGCCUGCUGGGAGAUCACGGCCAAGCCAGUCAGCAGGGAAGCGUUAUUCUGACAGAGGUGCAGAUGCUGAAGGUGAUGGUCACUCAGAGAGGAGUCGAAGUGGACGCAGCAGUCGUAGUCGUCGUAAAGAGAGGGGGAGAGAUAAAGAAAGAGGUAGCACAAGAGGUCAUGAAAGGGAGAGCAGUAGAGGAAGAGAAGGUGGUAGGGAUCGGUCUAGAGAGACUGACAGAAAGAUUGGGUUUGAACCCUUGCAGAGACCAGAAGCUUACCAUCCUCAGAUGUCUAGUGGACCUGUCAACACUUUCUCUACUCCAGAGGGCGUAAUGCAACCAGGUAGUAUGGUGGCUCCAUCUUUAGGUCAAAUGGGAGGCUACUCAGGUGGUCAGAUGGCAGGACCUGGAGUUAUGGUCCCUUCCAAUAUGGGACCUCAGCAGAUCCCACUUGGACCUCAGUCAGGUAUUGCACCAAGUGCUUACCAGUCUUCAAAUCUUUCACCAACAAGAGGACAACCUAUAGGUCAACCACUAGGUCAAGGGUCAUUAGGUCAACCCUUGGUUUCUUCUGGAAUGCCACAGCCAAGCAUAUUGAAGCAUCCAGGUAUCCAGCCCACAAGUGGUCCAGCUGGCACAGCUCCACAAGGAUAUAUGAUUCCUCCUGGAUACACAAUACCACCCCCUCCUCGUCAGUUUCAAGGUGCUGGUACCAGUGUUCCUCCUCAGAGUUCAGCAGCAUCAGGAUUUACAGGGAACCAGGCACCAGCUUAUGGUUCUACACAACCGCAAGGAUUCGGUUCCACACAAACACCUGGACAUGCUGGCAACCAGACUGGAUUUGCUCCAUUACCAACACAUCCUAAUGGACCAGCUGUGGUACUUGGUCAGACCCCAGGAGUGCAGGUUGGUGGGUCAGCCUUUACAGCUCCCGCACAAACACUUGCUUAUAACUCGGAUCGUGUUUUCCUACCUGCCUACCCAACAUCUCCAAGCCGUCCAACUGGAAGAGUGUAUUACAACAGGGGUGGAGGAGGAGAUGGUGGUGGAGGUCCGCCUAUUCCACCACAGGGAACAGGGUACAGUAGAGAUAGAUCACCUGAUCAUAAUGUACGGUUCUUACCGAUGGAACCACUUGCACAGGGUACACCUAUAGCUGGUCACAGUAUGCCUCGAACAGGGGGAGCUGGUGUUCAUAUGCCAAGUCCUAUACGUGCUGUAGGUAGAGAUCAGUCACCUAGAAGAAUGGCACAGCCAGCUGCCGGUGCUGGUGAUGACACUUACCUAUUCUGUAAUGUCCCAGAACACCAUGAUUUGGAGGACUAUAUUGCAGAACUUCAAGAAAAACUGAAGAAAUUAAAAGCCAGAAUUGCCAAUGAAAAGGAACUUCAAGGUGCCAUUCAGGAUGAAAAUGAUUACAACCUGAUAAGACGUCUGAAAGGAGAAUUGCUGGAGAGAAGAGAUGAGUUAGAAGGUUUGGACCUGGCUAUAGAGAGACAGCAGAAGAACUUAAAGAAUCUGAAAGCAGAGGAAAAACAACUUCAUUUUGAGAGGCAGACUGCCAAAGAGGAACUAGAAUUUAUGAGAGACCAAAAUGUAAAAAGAAAAAGAAAAGUGCGUGUAUAUCCGGACGAUGAGGACAGUUUUGAUGAGAGAAUGGAGAACUCUCGUAAAAAGAUGAUUAAAGAUGAGAUUCGGUGCUUAGAAGAAACGCUAGCCAAGAGAAAAGCUCAGUUACGCGAGGCUGAUAGAUUACUGAAGGAGUGUAAUACAGACUUGAAGUGUGCUAGAGAGGAGGCGAGAGAAACUGUUAGAGAAUAUGACAAGGCAUCAGUAGGACUAGAAAGUACUGUAAAAGAAACGUCAGAGCUUGAGAAGAGAGCUAAUGUUGCUGGUAUAGAACUUAUAAAAGCUACGGAGAAACUUAGUGCCAUCAGGCGUGAGAUCAAAGACAGUGAAUCACGACGCUCGAAACAAGAGAGACUGCUGAAAGACGUUACUCAGGUAUUUUUGAUUUGUAUUGACCAACAAAAGUUGGAGCUUGAGAAGGUAGAUCAUGCGAUGGGCAAGAAACGUACAGAGUUACAGUUCCUGACGGACAGUUUAGAACGUAAACAAGGGGAGAUAAAUCAGUUGAUACGGGAUACAGAAUCUGAACUCUCCAGUAACAAGAGGGAAAUAAAAGAACAGAGAGAUUUGUUACGUAAUUUAGAGGUACAGAAAUCAGACCUGAGUUCUCAAAUUAAGUCAAAGAGAACAGAACUGCAGAAAAUCAAAGAUGAGAUUGAUACAGAUGAUGAAAUUUUACAGAAACUUGUGAAUACAGUCAACAAGCAUAAAUCUGACUUAAAGCACACAUUUGAGAUGCAAAGAUUAGAGCAGACAGAACUAGAUAACUUGAAGUCACAACACGCACAGAAACUCUCCGAGCUUGAAAAAACACAGAGAGAACUACUGGAUGAGAAGAAUGCAUUAGAAUCAUACAACUCUGACGUUAACAAGAAAGCAUCGGAACUUGAACGACUGCGCGGAAUUAUAGAAAGAGAUAGGGAGGAUGUAGAGAGACUCGCCAUGGAAAAACAAUCGUAUGAGGACAGAAUAUCCACCAUGACACGAGAGAAAGAGAUGUUAGAUGAAACUUUUAAAACUCUCGACACCAAAGUGGCACAUAUGAGGAGGAGCCAGAAUACAAUGGAGGAGAAGAUAGACAGUACAACACGGAGGCUGGAGACCCUCGAGGGUGAACUUGUACGGAGGGAGAGGGAGAUGGAUGAAAUGAAUAGAGAAAAAACUCACAUGCAGAAAGAUCUGAAUAAUCUGAAAAAUGCUCUAAAAGAUGGGAAAAAUGACUUAAAACUGUGUAAAGAGCAGAUUAAGGAUGCAGAGAAAAGUAUUGCCCUCUUAGAACAGCAAUUACGUGAUACAAGUUUACAGAGAGAUGAGGCCAAGUUAGAAAUGGAACGUUUGAAUGAAGGAAUACGACAGUCUCGAAUCACCCAUGACGACUGUAUCCGACAACAACGACAGCGUGAGGAAGAGUUACAGGACCUGAUACGAACAAUGGAUGAACGCGAGAUAGAGUAUCAAGAAACUAGGAAGUCUUUAAACAAAGUUAGAAAAGAAGUAGAAAAAGAAGAAAGCAAACUUCAAAAGCUUGUUACAACGGCAAAUUAUGAGCUUGAUCACAUCCGUACUGACCUAAAUACCAAACAGAGUGAGCUCACCAUAGCAACUGCAGAUAUCAUGAAUCUAAAGAAAGAGGCAGAGAAGAUGGAACUAGAUGAGAAGAAGUUGUCAGAAUGUGAGAAACAAAUUAGAGAACUCAAACAAGAAGUUCAGGACAGAAAUGAGGAGAAGAAUGAGCUUGCCAAAGCUCUAACAAGAUCAUACGAGGAGCUACAGAAACUACGUACAGAAUCUGCCCAGGAACAGGAACGUUUGACAAUGGACAGAAUGCAGUUAGAAAAUACACUCAGGGACAUGCAAGAUCAAUUAGAACAUGCUAAAAAGGAAAUUCAGCAGAUGCAGAAACGUUCAAGCUCUCAGAUAACAGAGUUACAGGCCCUGGCUGAGGACCAGUUUAAUCGUGCCAAUAAACUCACCGAUGAACUUGCAAAACUUAGAACUAAAAAGCACACUGUAUCACAUGACAGUCAGGUGACACAGUCACAUGACAAAGGACAGUAUCCAAUCAAUAUUGUCUCUGAGAAUUCAAAGUCUUCCACAAGAAACUAUACAAAUAUGACCACUGGGCAUUAUAAAUCCAAUGAUCAGUUCUUUGUUGAGCAAGAUUCAGACUUAAGUUGGCCGACUGGUAGCCCAGAUAAUAGCUCAAGGUUUUCUUUAUCCCCUGUAAGGUCAAGAUCUAAUGAUCCAUCAAAAGGUCAGAGUAAUUCUCGAACUAAGCCUCUCAGACCUUUAAGUGCAAGUUUUAGAGAGGAGAGUUCUAGGUCCACUUUACCCCGGGAAAACCGUUUCAGGUCUGCCUAUACAAGGCAGAGAGAAAGGAGUUGGAGUCCACCAAGUGUAAGAGAUAGGGACCAAAGCCCUAGAUUCAGAGAUAGAAGACUGUUGCCUUCCCCAAAUAAAGAUUUUGACUCAUUUUCACUGCCAGAGUUACCAGAUAGAUCCACUGCCAUAGACAGAGAUUCAUACUUCCCCUCUCCGUCACCUGUUUCUAAUGUGCCUUGUUCUGCAGUAUCAACACCUGCAGUAGCAUCAGUUUAUAUGGUAACAGAUUCUUCAUCAACCAUUACCUCAUCCUUUACAAGUCCUCCAACCACUCAGAGAGACCAAAGAGAACAAGUGACACAAAAGUCAACCCCCAUGGUCCCUGCCAUAGGUCUAUCGCCACCAGUGAGAGACUCUGGUUCCUCCUUAACAACUGUUACUUCCCUGACCGAUCAAGCGGCCCUGAACAGUGCACGUGACAGUGGUGGCACAGACAGACGAAGACUUUCAUUUGACCUUGGUUUCUUAGACAUACUGACCAUAGAUAGUAAUUCUAGUAUAGCUGAUCAGUUGAGUACAGGAAGAACGAUAGACAGACUGUCUGAUGAUAAAGAGAAUAUAAGAAUAGAAAGUGCCGAGGAACAGAGGAAGUCGGAGCUUUUACGAGAAAAAUUGUCAAAGGAGCAAGAGUUACUUCGGUUACAACUACAACAACAAAUGCAGAGACAUGCUGAUGCAAUGGAACAAGCAAGACUUCAGUCAGAGGGUACAAUAGAAAAUUUGAGGAAGAAACUCAACACCUUACAAGAUGUGUUAGUAACAACUUCAGAUAUAACCAGUCCAACUUUACGCAGGGCAAGGUCAAGGUCAGCUGGAUUAAUACCUUCUCCUGACAGACAAAGGUCACCUAGUCCAGCUUAUCAUCGUCAUGGUUAUCUUGCACAGCGACCAAGAUCAAGGUCACGGUCGGACGACAGAUUAAAUAGGAACAUUUAUAUAGACAGAGAUAUUUUGACUGUAUGACGGAGAAAUUUCCCGAUUCUGUGAUAUUGUUGCCGUCCAUUUCAAAAUAGCGUUUCAAGUGCCAAGUUUUAUAUAUAUCUGAAGAAACAAGAGUUGUGACUGUUGUAGAUCUAUAAUGUAUUUAUAG